AGAUAAUAUAAUUAUUUUUAUUAUACUUAAAAAAUACAUUUUAAUAAUAUAAAUUAAUUAAAAUUUUAUUAUUUAACAUUUAUAAUUGGGUGUUAGUUGUGGCUGACAAAAGUGUCCAUCGUACAAUUCUAAAGUUAACGACCAACGUCUUUUUAGUCCAGUCAAGGUGUUGUAGUGUGCCGUGGAAACUGCGUUCUAUACGGGGACCGUGAGUCUAAUGAAGUGAUUCGACGGAGAGCAUUAAAUAAGUAAUCGUUACACGAAAAUGUCUGCGUCUGCUAUUUAUAUAUUAGACGUCAAGGGCAAGGUGUUGAUAUCCCGAAAUUAUCGGGGUGAUAUUGCGCCCAAUGUUAUUGAAAAGUUCAUGCCACUGCUGAUGGAAAAAGAAGAGGAGGGAUCAUUGACUCCCCUGUUACAGACCGAGGAGUGUACGUUCACAUACAUAAAAUGCAACAAUCUUUAUGUUGUGUCCACGACCAAGAAGAAUGCUAACAUCAUGCUGGUUUUUGUGUUUCUACAUAAGGUUGUGCGAAUCAUGAAUGAAUAUUUUAAAGAAAUUGAAGAAGAGAGUAUACGUGACAACUUUGUAGUUAUAUAUGAACUUUUGGAUGAACUGCUUGACUUUGGGUAUCCACAAACUACCGACAGCAAAAUCCUACAAGAGUACAUUACCCAAGAUGGUCACAAAUUAGAAAUACAACCUAGAAUCCCUAUGGCGGUAACUAAUGCUGUGUCUUGGCGCUCAGAAGGGCUCAAGUAUAGAAAAAACGAAGUAUUUUUAGAUGUUAUCGAAUCAGUAAAUUUGUUAGCUAGUGCUAAUGGAAAUGUACUUAGAAGUGAAAUAGUAGGUUCAAUCAAAAUGAGAGUUUACUUGUCUGGAAUGCCAGAACUACGUUUAGGGCUUAAUGACAAGGUAUUAUUUGAAAGCACUGGACGUGGCAAAUCAAAAUCUGUAGAACUUGAAGAUGUUAAAUUCCAUCAAUGUGUUCGUCUAUCACGAUUUGAAAACGAUAGAACUAUAUCGUUUAUUCCUCCAGAUGGAGAAUUUGAUUUGAUGACAUACAGGUUAAGUACACACAUCAAGCCUUUGAUUUGGAUUGAAAGUGUUAUUGAAAGACAUGCUCAUAGUCGGGUUGAAUACAUAGUUAAGGCAAAAUCACAGUUUAAGCGUCGAUCUACUGCCAAUAAUGUAGAAGUAGUUAUCCAAGUCCCCAUGGAUGCUGAUUCUCCUAAAUUCAAAACUACUGUAGGUUCAGUCAAGUAUAUGCCAGAGCAAAAUUCAUUAGUAUGGUCGAUAAAGUCUUUCCCAGGUGGUAGAGAAUAUUUAAUGAGAGCACAUUUUGGUCUACCAAGUGUUGAAAAUGAAGAAACUGAAGGUAGGCCUCCUAUACAGGUGAGGUUUGAAAUACCAUAUUUCACAACAUCAGGCAUUCAAGUCAGGUACUUGAAAAUUAUUGAGAAGAGUGGUUAUCAAGCAUUACCUUGGGUACGAUAUAUUACCCAAAAUGGAGACUACCAGUUAAGAACCAACUAAAACACUGAGUUUGUAUAAUUAUUAAUUAUUAUUAUAGUUGAAUAUAUGAUAUUUAUUACAUUAUUAUCUUUUACUUCAAAAAUGAGGUAGCAAAUAACAUUACUUUUAAUUAAAAAAACUUUCCUUUUUUUUAAAAUUGUUGAUCCGUCCUAUGCAUUGUAUUUUUAAUUUAACCUGUCAUUACAUAAAUAUUACUAAACUAAAAAUGACUGCUGUAGGUGUUAACUGUUUGUUGAUUUUAUUGUAAAAACAAUAUCAUCCUAUAUUUUAAUAAAUUGUAAAUAUUUCAUAAAAAAAAUUAUAACAGAA